CUUUUCGUUCAGUCUGUAUUUUUCAAACCAAAAUGGGCAAAACGAAAGGUGGGCUUCCGCGUGGAUCGCUGAUGGACGUCGACGAGCUGCGACCCGCGUCGAGCAGCGCCAGACAGCCCGCCUCGUCUGCAGGUGGAUUCGGAGCACACGCGUCGCCGUCAUCGUCGGGCGGCUGGACUGGCAUGGCGGUGGACGGACAGCCUGCCGGUCGCCAGCCGGCAGCCCAGCGCAAGAACAAGAACGGUCAACGCGGAGCCGCUCGCGGUGGUCGCAAUGGACGCGGUGGGGCGCAAGCUCAACACCAGCGCCAGCAAGGGCGCAGUCACGCUCAGGCCCAGGUCCAGCAGCAUGGCCAUGAUGCCGGAUCCAGCUCGAUGGACUUGGACUCGCCCGCUGGCGUCGCGUCCAAUGACAACGGCUACCACGAUUCAGAGUUCAUGUCAGAUGCGGCCAUAGGCAUGAUUUUGAGCUCUGGAGCGGCGGCAGGCCGGGGCGCUGGAGGAUUCUUGUCGGCGGGAAUGGGUCUUGACGAUGGUGGCGCCGGCGAGGAUGCAUCCCUCACCGCUGGAAACACGCGCGAUCGGAGCAACCUUCCUGAAGCAGGCGACGGUGCACAGGCGGCCCUGGAGCUACUGGAGGAGCAGUCGAUGGCGAAAAAGGCAAAGCAACAGUUCGCCAAGGCUCAACGCGCUGGCAAUCUCAUGGACGAUGGCACUGGCAUGAUACCCUUUUCUCGAGCUCGCGCUUUCCCUAGUGGCGAACUCGUGAUGCUAGAUGCUAGCGAGCUAACACCUAUUCCAUCGUCACUGCGCAAAACCAUCGACGGCACAAAGCGAGUUGGCAAGCGCAAAGUCACGGCCAAGUCCAACCGAAAGAAGAUUAAAAUGUUUGAAAUGGCCAGCAACCGCGCUGCUCAAUCUGCCACAAGGUUGGCCAAGUUGGAUGUCAAGCAUGCAUUGCGGGAAAAGUUCAAGCACUUGUAUUGAAGACACAAAACACAAAGAGAGACGAUUUGAAAUAUUCCAUCUGUGAGAUUCUUGUUCCAGUUCCAAUUUUCACAGUUCAAAC